AUGAUUUUAAUACCGGGCUAUAAUCCAGGGCAAUUAACACUAUAAGGAACAAAUACAUACUUAAUGGGAACUGGGUAAAAAAGAAUCUUAAUAGAUGCAGGUGAAGGUAAGGAAUAAUACAAAAUACACUUAAAACAAAUUUUAGAAUAAGAAUAAUGUGAAAUUUCAAUUAUUCUUAUUACUCAUCAUCAUUAUGAUCAUAUUGGUGGAAUAUACUAAGUACUAGAAUUAUGUCCAAAUGCUUAAGUAUAUAAAAAUUUAGAUCAUGAUUUAUAAUCAGAUAAAAAUUAUCCUUUCCUUCUUCCACUUUAAGAUGGAUAAAUUUUCUAAGUAGAAAAUUGUAUAAUAACAUCUAUUUCAUAACCAGGACAUUGUGUUGAUCAUUUUGGUUUCAUAACAUAAAAUUAAGAAUGGUUUUCAGGAGAUUCUUUAUUGGGAGGUUCAUCUUGUUAUAUUGAUAAUGUGGGAUAGUAUUUUUUCAGUAUGGAAAAAGUUCUUAAAAUGAAUAUGUAAUUUAUAAUCUUAAUUAUUUAGUUAAGCUAUUUAUCCUGGACAUGGAUAUUCUAUAACUAUAGGAGCAUAAGAAGCUAUUUAGAAAUAAUAUGAUCAUAGAAAGAAUAGAGAAUAAUAAAUCUACUAAGCAGCAAAUGGAUAAUCACUUGAUGAUAUAAUUAAAUCUAUAUAUCCAGAUAUUAAUGAUGAAUACAUGAAGAAAUUUGUAACUAUUGCAGUCAAAGCUCAUUUAACUAAACUUAUUAAUGAUAAUCUCAUCAUUUUUAAAGAUAAUUCAUAUUUUAAAUAUUGA